GUAGCGACAGUGUUCUACGCAAAGCGAAGCGAACAAGAUUCUCAAAGCGAGAAGACGACAAAGCGAUUUACUCUGCGAGUCUUAAACAUUUACGAGAGUAAUUCAGUACAUCAGUAAUCCAAAAAUGUCUUUGGUACCAUUGCUGUUCUCUAACUGGUGGGAGGACUUGGACCACCCGCACCGGCUGUUCGACCAGAACUUCGGUUUGGGCCUGUAUCCUGAACAACUACGCAAUCCAUCCAUCCUAGAACAAUAUCUUCUGCCCAGCCGGGACCGAAGACUCUUCAAAUCACCUCUGCUGUACUACAGACCUUGGGGUGAACUGCUGAGGAGCACCGAAGGAGGCGGCACAUCCACCGUGCAGGCUGACAAGGACAAGUUCCAGGUAGUCUUGGAUGUCCAGCAAUUCAAACCAGAAGAAAUCAACGUCAAAAUCGUCGACAAAUGCGUCGUCGUCGAAGGCAAACACGAGGAGAAGCAAGACGAGCACGGUUGGAUCUCGAGACAGUUUGUCAGAAAGUACCUGAUACCUGAGCAAUGCGACAUCGAUCAGGUAACGUCCACAUUGUCGUCUGAUGGUGUACUCAGCAUUACGGCACCCAGGAAAGACAAAGCGAUCACGCAAAACGAAAGAAACGUCACCAUCGAACAGACCGGCAAACCUGCGUUGAAAGAAGCAGGAGCGGAGGAGAAGAAGGAGGAGAAAUAAAAUCUUUAUGUACCAAA